CGAGCUCCUCCUGUUUGAGGCAGGCAAUAACUUUCAUAUACUGAUAGAUGUUAGAGCAUCUCCAAUAGAGAUGUGAGUUUUAAAGGCUAUAAAUGUGGACACAUCAUCAAAUAACAGGCAAUUAGUCCGGAUGUGAGGGUGACUUGGCCAACCAAACGGUUAAUCUAAAAUUCCUUCUCCAACCCUACUAUAUUUGAUGAACCAUCAGAUGAUGAAAGUGAUUUGAAAAUCUCCCGUGAUUUGGUUGAUACUAUGACUAUCCAUGUUCCCGUGAUAGUUUCAGCAAUGCUUGGUGGGAAGAGACAUGUUCAUGGGGGUUCAAGAAGUGGCAGACGUUAUAUUCAUCGAGAUAGAAAGGAACGUCAUGAUGUAAUUAUUAAUGACUAUUUUAAAGGGGAGAAAUCCAAGUAUACAGCUGAGCAUUUUCGACGUCGGUUUCGAAUGGAUGUGCAUUUAUUUACACACAUUUUGAAAGAAAUUGAAAAAUAUGAUAGUUACUUCUCUUUAAAGUUUGAUGCUACUGGAAAACAAGGAUUAAGCCCUUUACAGAAAAUGAUAGCUGCAGUGAGGAUGCUAGCAUAUGGUUGUCCAGCUGAUUUUUUGGAUGAAUAUAUUCAAAUUGGGGAAAGCACUGCAAUUGAAAGUCUUAUGCAUUUUUGUGAUGCUGUGAUAGGGAUUUUUGGGCAGCAAUAUUUGAGAAAACCCGAUAACAAUGACAUCUCCAAAUUGCUUCAAGAAGGAGAGGAUCGAGGGUUUCCAAGAAUGCUUGGGAGUCUUGACUGUAUGCAUUGGCAUUGGAAAAAUUGUCCAACGGCUUGGCAUGGCACACACACUAAUGGAUUUAAACGGGUUCCUACUCUCAUUUUAGAGAUUGUAGCUUCAAAAAGUUUAUGGAUUUGGCACGCCUUUUUCGGUAUGGCUGGUACUAAUAAUGAUAUCAAUGUACUUGAUAGAUCUCCACUGUUUGAUGAUAUUAUUAAUGGAGUUACACCACCAUGUAGCUAUGAAGUCCAAGGUCACCAUUAUAAUAUGGGGUAUUAUCUGACUGAUGGAAUAUACCCAAAAUACGCCACUUUAAUUCAAUCUAUUUCUCAACCCUCUUCUCUUAAAGAGAAAAUAUUUUCUCAGCGCCAAGAAGCUACAAGAAAGGAUGUGGAGCGGGCUUUUGGAGUUUUGCAAAGUCGGUGGCAUAUUGUUAAAGGUCCCGCACGCAUGUGGAAAGAAAAAGAUCUAGGAAAUAUAAUGAAGGCUUGUAUCAUCUUGCACAAUAUGAUUAUAGAGAGUGAAUGCAGCCAAGGUAUGAAUCCUGAAGAUUGGAAACCACACAAAGAUGAAAGGGUUGAGGCUGUAGAGUUGGAGCAUGACUAUAAUUUUAUUGUCUCCAAAAUGAUUCAAAGAAUGAAACAGGUUCAAGACAAGAGAGUGCACAAGGAUUUAAAAAAUGACCUCAUCAAUCACAUAUGGGAGUUAUAUGGUGGUCAACAAGCAACAUGAUUUUAUAUAGGACGUUAAGGUUACGAUAUUUGUAAUAAAAAGCCUUAAAAGGCAAGAAAGACUUGUAUUUUAUUUUAGCAUGCUAAAUAAUGCUUCUUCC